ACACGAAUACGUUUUGGCAAAUCAAUAACAACAGUCUAGAAUGCCCAAAGCACAAGACACGUUUCAGUGGAAAAAUAGUGUUUUCAUACUAGCUUUAUGAUUAAGUAAAAAUAUGAGGACCCAACUUGGACUUCAUGCCAUAGUGACAAUUGCAACUUAAUUUCGUCUGAAUCUGAGUGCAAAGUGUGAGAAACUUGGUAGAACCUGCCAAGAAGAAUUUCUCUUGUUUGCAAGAGAUAUUCGCCUAAAUACAUAAUCAACCAACUUCAUUUAACCCUCAAACCUUGUAUUUCUUCACUGUCCACCCUUUAUUUGUAUCCAGAGUCACCUGUUCUUGCUUUUGCAUUCGCAUCUUUACACAAAUUCUAAUACACAUCUUUCAUUCUCUACAGGUUUGACAAUUGCAAUGGCUUCCAAUGCCAUCAUCCAAUGCAGCUCCUCUUCAUCUCAUCCGAUGAGGACAUAUGAUGUGUUUGUGAGCUUCCGUGGUGAAGACACACGCAACAACUUCACUUCUUUUCUCUGUCGUGAUCUCAGUAGAAAUGGCAUUGAGGCCUUCAAAGAUGAUACACAUCUCCCCAAAGGUGAAUCAAUAGCACCCGAGUUACUACAAGCCAUUGAAGGGUCUCGCAUUUUCAUUGUGGUCUUCUCCAACAACUAUGCUUCCUCCACUUGGUGCUUGCGUGAAUUAGCACACAUAUGCAAUUGCAUUCAAACUUCACAAAGGCCUGUCCUUCCUAUAUUUUAUGAUGUUGAUCCUUCAGAGGUUCGAAAACAAAGCGGAUGUUAUGAAAAAGCCUUUUCCAAACAUGAAGAUAAAGAGAAGACAGAGGAAGUUCAGAGAUGGAGAGAAGCUCUCACACGAGUGUCCAAUCUCUCUGGCUGGGAUAUCCGAAACAAGCCACAAUAUGUAGUGAUUGAAGAAAUUAUUCAAAAGAUAACAAACAUUCUGGGUCAUAAAUUUUCAAGUCUUUCAAAAGAUAAUUUAGUUGGGAUGGAAUCUCGUGUUAAAAAAUUAUUAAAGAUAUUGUGUUUGGAGUCGAUUAAUGAUGUUCGAGUUAUUGGAGUUACUGGGAUGGGCGGAAUAGGAAAAACAACUAUUGCUCAAUCUUUAUAUGAAAGAAUCUCUCAUCAAUAUGAUUUUUGUUGUUUUAUUGAUGUGAGCAAAAUUUAUCAAGAUUCUAGCACUAUAGGUGUACAAAAAGAGAUACUUUCUCAAUGUCUAAAAGAAAAGAAUCUUAAGAUUUCUAAUGCUUCUGAUGGAACAUACUUAGUAUGGACAAGGUUACGCCAUGCAAGGGCACUUAUUGUUCUAGAUAAUGUUGAUCAAGAUAGGCAACUAAAUAUGUUUACAGGGAAUAGGGAGACUCUAUUACGUGAAUGCUUAGGUGGAGGGACUAGAAUUAUCAUAAUUUCUAGGGAUGAACAUAUAUUGAGAACACAUGGAGCAGAUGAUGUUUAUCAAGUCCAACCGUUAAAUGACGAAGAUGCUAUUCAAUUAUUUUACAAAUAUGCUUUCAAAGGUAAUGAUAUUAUGAGUGAUUAUGAAGAGAUGACAAAUGAUGCACUAUCACAUGUUCAAGGCCAUCCUUUGGCAAUUCAAGUAUUGGGCUCAUCUUUGUUUGGUAGAAAUAUCUCACAGUGGAAAAGUGCAUUGGCUAGGCUUGGAGAAAAUAAAAGUGCAAAUGUUAUGGAUGUCCUGCGAUUAAGUUUUGAUAACUUGGAUAACCUAGACAAGGAGAUAUUUCUAGAUAUUUCUUGCUUCUUAAAUGAGUUUAAAGAGAAACAUGUGUUGGAGAUUCUAGUUUUUCGUGGAUUUCAUCCUGAAUAUGGUCUACGUGUUCUUGUUGACAAAUCGCUCAUAACCAUUGAGUAUGGGUGUAUUUUUAUGCACAACUUGUUGAUAGAUUUGGGAAGGUGUAUUGUUCGAGAAAAAUCACCUAAGGAACCAAGAAAGUGGAGUAGGUUGUGGGAUUACCAAGAUCUUCACAAAGUUAUGUCAGAUAAUAUGGAAUCUGAAAAUCUUGAGGUCAUUGCUAUUGAAGGUUGUAUAGUGAAGUUUGAUGAAACAACAAUGAGGGCUGAUGCUCUAUCAAAAAUAAGUAAACUUAAGUUUCUCAAACUUCAAUUUAUGGACUUUUGUGGAAGCCUCGAUCAUCUUUCUAAUGAGUUAGGAUAUCUUGAAUGGAAAGAAUAUCCUUUUAAGAGUUUGCCUCCGAGUUUUCAACCGAACAACCUUGUUAAGUUGUCUCUAUGUAGGAGCAAUAUCAAACAACUGUGGAAAGAUAGAAAGUCUCUACCCAAUUUGAAACAUUUGGAUCUAUCUGAAUCCAAAAGCCUAAUGAAGGUACCAGAUCUUGGGGAGGCCUUCAAUCUUAGGUUGUUGAAUUUGAGUGGAUGCGAAAAAUUGAGGCAGCUUCAUCCAUCCAUUGGUCUUCUAAGAAAGUUGACUUUUUUGAAUUUAGAAGAAUGUACAAGUCUUAUCAAGAUAACAGAAUUAAGAGAGAACCUAAAUCUUGAAAGACUAAAUCUUCGAGGAUGUAUACAACUCAAGGAGUUUAAUAUAUCCAUUGGUUUUAUGCAAAAGCUUACCCAUUUAGAUUUGAGUGGGUGUAAAAAUCUAGUAAGCUUACCCGAUAGCAUAUUGUGCCUAAAUUCUCUAGAAUAUUUGAAUCUCUCUGGCUGUCAAAAAUUGUUAAAUAUAUCAAGGAAUGAAGAGCAAAUGAAGAAGCUUUGUAUAGAUGAAUCUCCGAUUUGUUCGCACUCAACAAAUGAAGAGCAUUUGUUGCAUUCUAGAGUACGUACAGGUUCAGUUAGUCGGUUGUUGCCUCCCUCGCCUACACUUGGUUGUAUGCUUCAACUUCAUCUAAGUUUCUGCAAUUUAGUUGAAAUACCUGAUGCUAUUGGAAAUUUACAUUUCUUAGAAAUCCUAAAUUUAAAGGGAAACAAUUUUUCCACACUGCCUAGCCUCAAGGAGCUUUCCAAGCUGCAACUUUUAAAUUUAAAGUAUUGUAGGCAGUUGAAAUAUUUGCCUGAGCUUCCUUCACGAACUGACCUGUCAUCUAAAAGAAUACUUAAACACUCUUUUAAUACAAAAAAAAAGCCAUGGGCAUUGGAGACAUUUCUAACUUACAUGGAAGCAGGAUUAAUUACUUUUGGUUGUCCAGAAUUAAUUGAAUUGGAACGUUGCACUAGCAUGGCUUUAUCAUGGACACUACAAAUUCUACUUGAGCGUCACUACCAAUACAAACUUCCGUUUCCUCCACCCUUUUUGUAUCCUCGGCGCAUUUCAAGUAUUAUUGGAGGAAGUGAAAUACCUAAUUGGUUCAACAAUCAUCACGAAGGCAUGGGCAGUUUAAUAACCAUAGAUGAAUCUCCCCUUAUGCAGAAAGGCAAUAAUUGCAUUGCUCUUGCUUGUUGUGUAGUAUUUGGACCUCCUUCUCGAAGAAAAGCUCCUCGAACUCCAAAUAUACGCUCACUUUAUCAUAGCAUUUUUGUUCCCUUUCUUUGGGCUGAAGAUCGAAUUACGGAAGAUCACUUGUGGUGGUUUUAUGUUCCAAGUGAAGGCUAUAUUUGGUCAACCAAUGUUCGAAGUGGAGGCCAUAUUUGGUCAACCAAGUAUGAACAUUUGCAAUUGCAAUUUCUCAUACUCGAGAAGUCGGACGGUGACAUUUGGAGUUUUGACGUGAAGAAAUAUGGGUAUCGUUGGGUAUAUGAGAAGGACUUACAAGUAUCAAACUUGACAAUGAUAUGCAGCCAGUGAGCUUGGAAGCACAACUUUUUGGCAAUUGAAGAGAACAAGUAGCAACUUCAUUUCAGCUACACUUUCAUCAUAUAGAAGGAUUGGAGGCAUAAUUCAAUAUGGAUGCAAGAUUUGCAGCAUUACAUCAAACAAAGAUGCACAGUAGAAUUCAAAUUCACAAUGACGUCAGGGAUGUGCAGUCCAAUCUUUUCUAUGAAAGCUCCACUAAUGUUAAAAUUAGUGCUACUUUGUUUGAAUAAACUCAUCAUAGAAGAAAUGAUCAUGUUCAUGGUAUUCUAUUUUUAAUUAAAAAUAUAAUGUAGCUCUUUUGUCGCUAUCAUAAUUUCCUAAAUAAUCCCUUUUCAUUUUUAGUUUGUCAUUGCAUAUUAUUUGGUUUCUAAAUUUAUGAAUCUCACAACAAGUAAAUUCUUGUGUUAACUCUAUUUGACCAAUUUUACUUGUGACUCUUAGGUGGAACUUAACAUUUUCAUGAGUGUCCUUUCACUCAACUUAUUAAGAUGACUCUUUGGCAAAUGGAGAAAGGAUGCUCCAAAUUCUCAUUGGAAAACAGAAUCAAGUUGUUGCAUAAUCAAUUUCCACCUCUUGAACCUAUUUUGAUCCAGGCAGAUUUUCCCCUGUGGUCUAACAUGUGAGGGCUUUACAGUUUCAAAGAAAAGUAAAAAUAAAAAAGAAUGAAGUGACAUUGCCCAACACUCUCUCUGUUGCAACAUUAUGAGAACAGGAUGAAAGACUGACAAGAAGACCACUAUAUCAAUGUUUGUUUGAUUCAUUAAGUUAAAUUUAUGACUAAAUACAUAAAUGUUUUGAAUACAAGAAUACAAACCCGUAUCAUAUUCUUUAA